AUGACUGUGAUUCACCCUUUGCAAAACACACUCACGUCUCGUGAUGGCUCUCUGGUUUUCGCCAUUGUCAAAAACUCUAUUCUAAGUUUUAAGUAUCAGUCAUCAAAUCAAUGGGAACUUAUUGGCCAAUGGUCUGACGAUUUCGAUAAAGCCCAAGAAAUGAAGAAGAGCGUCACUAAAGAACAGCAAAGACAAAUCAGCGAAAAUGGUAUCAAGAACAAAAAAUUAAAAAGCAAUAAAGGCGACUCAAUUAUCAAGACAGAGGCUAAAAUUCCAUCACCAGGUAUUGGUGCCCCUCCAAUAUAUUCAUAUAUCAGAAACCUACAACUAACUCCAGACGAAUCAAAGCUAAUCGCGUGUGCUGAUUCUGACAAAUCAGUUUUGAUUUUCAAUGUUGAUAAAGCUUCUAAGACAAACGUUUUGAAACUGUCUAAAAGAUUUUCCUUUCCCAAGAGACCCAAUGCUAUUUCGAUAGCUGAAGAUGCAGCCACAGUCAUCGUGGCUGAUAAAUUUGGUGAUGUGUACUCUAUUGACAUGAACUCUAGCCCAGAAGAGAAAUUCACUCAAGAACCUAUCCUGGGCCAUGUGUCUAUGCUGACUGAUGUGUGCAUGGUUAAGGACUCUGACGAUCAUCAAUUUAUAAUCACAAGUGAUAGAGAUGAACAUAUUAGAAUUUCGUACUAUCCGCAAUGUUAUGUCGUAGAUAAAUGGCUGUUCGGCCAUAAGCAUUUCGUUUCUUCCAUAUGCUGUGACAAAGAUUAUCUGUUGCUGAGCGCUGGCGGUGAUAAUGAAAUAUUUGCUUGGGAUUGGAAAACUGGUGAAAAUUUGUCCACUUUUGAUUACAGCGACUUGAUUAAGCCUUAUUUAAAUGACCAACAUUUGGCACCAUCGAGAUUCCAAAAUGAGGAAAACAAUAUCAUUGAGUUUGCCGUUAGUAAAAUCGCAAAAGUAAACAACCUACCGUUUGUUGCGUUUUUCGUCGAAGCUACAAAAUGUAUCAUAAUUUUGGAAAUAUCUGGAAAGGAAAAAGGCAAACUGUCACUAAAGCAAAUCAUAGAUUUGCCAUAUAAUGUCAUUUCAUUGUCCGCACAAAAUGACGAAUUCCAAAUUACUUUAGAUAAUCAAAAGUCGCCUCAAGUUCAAAGCAGUUUCGCCAAAUUUAUUCAGUAUAGUACCAAUGAUGAUAAAUUUGUCAUCAAUGAUGAAAAAUCGAAUCUAUUCGAUAAGGUUAUUACUAAAUCUUUGCAAGAAGAUUCUAACUUGAAUGCUGAAGAAGACGAUAUUUAUCCAUUGUACAAUAUCGCUUCGUUGAGAAAACACGGGGAACAUUAUUCAUAA